AUGGCGGGUAAUGCACGCGCUGUGAUUGGGAAUAAGUAUCCUCCAUCGAACUGCGGGACGCUUUUGGCAGUCGGGGUAGUUGAAGUUAGCUCAUCUUUCAAGAUCACGUCGUCUCACCGAGAAAAGCAUUAUCUACAUCAUCAGCGAUACUCCCUAGAGUUAACCAGAAACUCAUCAUACAACACACAUUCACGUCUCUUCACCAUGGGCUCAUUACAGAACGGAGACGGCCAGUACCAAGGCCUCGGCCAGGACUUCACCAAGCAGGUCAUCGCCUCCAUGGGAUCGGAGACGAACCCCAGACUCCGUGAGAUUCUCACUUCAUUCAUCCAGCACAUCCAUGACUUUGCUCGCGAGGUCGAUCUUACGACAGAUGAGUGGAUGAUGGGUGUCAACAUGAUUAACUGGGCGGGCCAAAUGUCAAAUGACCGACGCAACGAGGGCCAGCUGCUUUGCGAUGUUCUCGGACUCGAAUCGCUCGUCGACGAUAUCACCAACAGAGUGGCCACAAAGAACGGCCAACCCGGCACAGCAACAGCCAUUCUCGGCCCCUUCUGGCGGGCCGACACCCCUGUCCGCCCCAACGGCAGCACAAUCGCCGUCAAGUGCCCCGAGGACGGCGAGCUCGCUUUCAUGUACGGCCAAGUGACGUGCUCUAACACCGGAAAGCCGCUGGCAAAUGCCUCAGUCGAUGUCUGGCAAGCAUCCACAAACGGUCUGUACGAGCAGCAAGAUGCCGAUCAGCCCGAGCACAACCUGCGUGGAGUCUUCAAGACGGAUGCGGAGGGACGUUAUGGAUUUUACUGCCUGCGGCCCACGCCUUACCCAGUACCGGGUGAUGGCCCCGCUGGAAAGCUUUUGGACCUGCUCCACCGCCACCACUUCAGACCUGCUCACAUUCAUCUCAUUGUCAAAUCAGAAGGCUUCAAGUCGGUAACAACACAAAUCUUUGACGAGGACUCAAAGUACUUGGAUGACGACUCUGUGUUUGCGGUGAAGGAUGGUCUGACUGUGAAGUUUGUUGAGAGAAAAGGGGACCCCAAGGCUGCCAAGGAGCUCGAGUACAACAUCAAGUUGGCUGCCGAGUAA